CUUAUUUGUUAUCUAGUGGACUAUAAGUAACCAUUUCCAUUUUGAAUCGACCCAACCUUCAAACACAUACCGUCCCAUCUAAGGUAACCGUGUUUAAAACCUAGACCUUCUGACUCUUACACCAUUCAUCAUGUCUCUCCGAACCGGUGUUCUGACUACUGAUGCACCUGCCCCCAGUCCUCAUCUCUCGCAAGCAAUUAUUCAUAAUGGAACAGUCUACUGCUCAGGUUCGUUCGGUAUGGAUCCCCAGACUCGACAACUGGCUGAGGGUCCUUAUCAUCAGACCGCGGGUGCUCUCAAGAACCUCGACGCCAUCCUGAACAAAGCGGGAACAAGUCUUCACAAUGCUUUGAAAGUCACCAUCUUUAUAUUGAAUAUGGACCACUAUGCUGAGGUUAACAAAGCUUACCUCGAGUUUUUCACUUCUGAUCCCAAGCCAAGCCGAACGUGCGUGGCUGUUGCUCAGCUUCCCCUAAAGGGCGCUCAUGUGGAGAUGGAAGCUAUCGCUGCUAUUCCUGAGAAGUCUAGCAAGCUGUAAGAAUCUUGAUUAUUGUCUUUUUUUAGCAUAUUAAUAUGAUGAAAUUGAUUAUUGUCCGGUUGAUUUUAUGAAAGAGAAUGCGAGAGCUCUUCGAAAAACUGUAAUAUACGACUUAAUCAAAAC